AUGAUCUACCUUCCGGAGAAAGACUAUGAUCUCCCUGAUCUCGAUUUGUUAAGCUUAAUCUUCGAUUCGCCCCUCCCCGGCAGCAAGGAGACCACCGUCCUGCAUGCAGAGGCCGCCGAUCCCUCCAAUGGCAUCACCAAAGCCCAGGCCCGCCAGUACACCCGUCAGAUCGCCUACCUCCUCCGCCACCACUUCGGGGUCGGUGGCCAGGGCGCCGGUAAAGAUGUCGUGGUCGGGGUCUCCACCGGGCAGGUUCUCCUGCCCGCCGUCUUCUACGGCGUAGUGGCGGCCGGGGGCGUCUGGAGCGCCGCGUCCUACACCGCGACGCCCACCGAGCUCGAGCGCCAGAUCCGCCAGGGGAAAAGCCGGCUCGUCAUCACGGGCCCCGAGACCCGGGACCUGGCCCUCCAGGCGGCGCAGGCGGCGGGCGUGCCCGCCGAUCGCGUUCUGGUGCUCCGGAGCAUGAAUCACGAGCGGGUGCUGGCCGACAGUCGGACGGGCCACAACUACCUCCACGGCCUGACGCCAUCGCAGGCGCUGGACUGGGAGCGCAUCACGGACCCCCCGCGGUUGGACGACUCCCUCAUCUGCCUACUGUACAGCAGCGGCACGACGGGCGUGCCCAAGGGGGUCAACAUCUCCCACCGGAACGUCGUCGCGGAGGCGCUCAUCCCCUUCCUCAUGGACCGCGAGUACGUCGCCCAGCGGACGGCCCAGGACCCGAACUACGAGCACCCCUACCGCACGCUGGCGCACCUGCCCACGGCUCACAUCGCCGGCACACAGGGCUACUUCAUCAAUCCGAGCGUGGUUGGCGGCACCGUCUACUGGAUGGACCGGUUCGACUUCGCCAAAUUCCUCGAGUACAACAAGAAACUGGAGAUCACCUUCUUCUUCUCCGUGCCGCCCAUCUUCCUCCUCAUCAGCCACAGCCCCGCCGUCACAGACCAGUUCCGGACCCUGCGCCGCGCCUACUCGGGCGCCGCGCCCAUGGGCUCCGACCUGCAGGUAAAGGUCCAGCAGAAGCUGGGCUGCUUCGUCAACCAGACCUGGGGACUGAGCGAGACCACCGGCAGCAUCACGGGCAUGCCGUGGGAAGAGGAGGAGUUGACGGGCAGCGUGAGCCGGCUGCUGCCCAACAUGCGACUCCGCAUCGUCGACGAGGAGGGCCACGACGUCGCCGAGGGCCAGGAGGGGGAGUUUCUCGUCCAGGGACCGGUCAUCGCCAAGGGCUACUACGACAACCCGGAGGCCACCCGGGAGGCGUACACGCCGGAUGGCUGGUUCAAGUCGGGGGACCUCGGCGUGCGGAAGAACGGGUUGUUUUAUAUUGUUGACCGAAAGAAGGAACUCAUCAAAUACAAAGGCCUCCAAGUCGCCCCCGCCGAGCUCGAAGCACUCCUCCUCUCCCACCCAGCCAUUAUGGACGUCGCCGUCAUCGGAGUCCCCACCCCAGACGGCUCCGGCAACGAAGUACCCCGGGCAUACGUCGUGGCGGACCCAGCCCAAGCCAGCGAAGCCACCAUCAAGGAAUUUGUGAAAUCCCACUUGGCUCACUACAAGCAGCUGCGCGGCGGGGUGGUCUACGUGCCUGCCAUUCCGAAGAGUCCCAGCGGGAAGAUCCUGCGACGGGAAUUGCGUGAUCAGGCGAAGAAGGAGGCGAGGGAGGAGGGUGCUAAGCUUUGA